AUGGUCUACCAGGACACCCUCCUCUCCCACCGCCCACGCGAAUUCUCCCUUGCAGAACUGCCCUCCCUUCCAUCCGAGUCCGACCCCAGCAGCUCCCUCGCUCGCCGGAAAGAAAGCCUGAUUGGCAAGGCCGACCUGGCCACCAGCUCCAAUGCCACAACGCGCACGCUUCCUCCAGUCCCGAACGGCUCAGAGCCUCCCUCUGCCUCUCGCCCGCCAGAAAGCGGCACUAGCGGCUCAGAAGAGACUAUCACCAGACGGCGUCGCACUGGGACCCGCACAGAGCGUGAUCGCGUCGUCAUCCAGUCAUCAAAUGACUCCAAGGGCCACAAGUCUUCAUCAAGGGCUGCAAAGCCCCUAGAGCCGCAGCUCCCGUCUGCACCGGGGCUUCUUCGAGCUCCCGCGUCGUCAAUGUACUUCUCGUCGGUGCCGUUCUACGGCUCUCCGCCGAAUCAAGCUCUGAGAGCCCACACUGGUACCCUGGUUGGAGAGAGAAUAUGGAUCAUUGGGGGUGUUGAUCGACAAAACUGCUGGCGUGGGGUAGCGUGGUAUGACACCGAGAGCUACAUGUGGAGUACAAUAGAGACUGCUGGGGGCCAGUUUCCUCCUCUCCGUGCCCAUACAACUACGCUCGUUGGCGACAAGCUCUUCAUUUUUGGAGGCGGCGAUGGUCCCACAUACAGUAACGACAUCUGGAUUCUGGAUACGUCUACACACCGUUUCUCUCGACCUGUCUUUGAUCCCAACAUGUCGCUACCGCCGCCCAGGCGGGCACACACUACCGUCCUUUACCAACACUAUCUUGUUGUCUUUGGGGGCGGCAAUGGUCAGGCUGCACUCAAUGAUGUAUGGGCCCUCGACAUAUCCGAUCUCGACAACCUUGUGUGGCUAGAGUGGAAGACCAAGGGGGAUGUCCCUCAAAAAAAAGGCUAUCAUACAGCCAACCUGAUAGGAGACAAAAUGGUAGUCUUUGGUGGAAGUGAUGGUCAUGCUAGCUUUGCAGAUGUACAUGUGCUGAAUCUUCAGACAUGUGUCUGGACCUUGGUCAACACUGAUAUCAAGCACAACAGGCUAUCACAUACAUCAACCCAGGUCGGAUCCUAUCUUUUUGUCAUAGGAGGUCACAAUGGACAAGCAUAUGCCCAAGAUGUCUUGCUGUUCAACCUUGUCACACUCCAAUGGGAAACCAAAGUGCCCCGCGGUGCCUUUCCACCUGGCAGAGGCUACCAUGUUGCUCUGCUGCAUGAUGCAAGGAUUUUCAUCUCGGGUGGUUAUAAUGGAGAAACAGUCUUUGAUGAUUUUUGGAUACUAGACCUCAGUGCCAGUGCUUAUUUACCGCAGGUGGUGAACAACAUUUGA